AUGAUCGCACCAGUCGGUACUCUCAGCAUUCCCAUCAUUGACCUGGAGCCAGCUAGGACUGGGACACCCGAGGAAGCUGCCCAGGUCGCGAAAGAUGUUUACGAGGCUUUCAAAUACGUUGGCUUCGCCUACAUUAAAAACCAUGGGGUUCCACAGGAGCUCAUAGAUGAAGCUUUUAGCUGGAGUCAGAAAUUUUUCGCCCUCCCUCAAAGCGACAAAGACAAAGCUCCACAUCCCCCAGUCGGUUGGUACCACCGAGGCUAUUCAGGAAUCGGCCGGGAGAAAGUCGUGCAGAUGGUCUUCGACAAGGAAGGCAUUGAAGAGAAACGGAAAGUGCCAGAUGUCAAGGAGUCAUUCGAGCUUGGCAAUGAGAACGACGAGCGCAUGCCAAACAUCUGGGUCCCGGAUGAAGUCCUCCCCGGAUUCCGCGAAUUCUUCAACAAAUUUUUCGAAACCUGCUACAGCAUCGAGCAACUGAUGUUGAAAACAAUUGCGGUCGGAAUGGGGCUUAACGAGGAUUUCUUCCUUGAUUAUCACCGGGACAAAACUAACCAAUGCCGACUACUUCACUAUCCGCCCGUUGAAGAAGAAUUAUUAAGAGGAGGAAAGGCGGAGAGAAUCGCUGCACACUCUGACUUUGGAACAAUGACCGUUUUGUUCCAGGAUGAAGUCGGUGGUCUGGAGGUUGAGGACAUCCAUGAAAAGGGGAAGUUCAACCCAGCGCCAUAUAUCCCCGGAACGGCGGUCGUCAAUAUCGGUGAUCUUCUUAUGCGCUGGAGUAACGACGAGCUCAAGUCAACUCUUCAUCGCGUUCGUGCUCCGCCUCUGGUCGAAGCCAGCGGUGACAGCAAAGGUCGGAUGACCCGCCCUCGAUACUCAAUUCCAUAUUUCAUUAGCCCCGACAGAGAGAGGGUCAUUGAUUGUCUGCCCGGGUGUUAUGGACCAAAUCGUCCGAAGAAGUAUGAGCCGAUUACCAGCAAGGACUACAUUUCCAUGCGCAUGAAUGCUACUUACUGA